AUGCCUCCGAAAGGCUCUCGCGCUAAGGCGGUGGUUGACGCUCCUGCUGGUGGUGGUGAUCUUGCAAGCAAGUCGACACCAAGCAAGGGAAAGGAGGUCAUUGACAACCUUCCGUCCGAAGCGGAGGUGACGGCUGGAAGUUCUGGUCUCACCAUUGAGGAAAAGCUGCAAGCGCUGGCUACGGUUGCUUCGGAUGACACGUUUAUUGAGGAUGAUUCAGACGAGGAACUUGAGAUUGACACGACCAAGAGUGCUCACCCGCAUUUGCGCUUCAUGACGAUUUUGCUCUUCCCGGUUAUUCCUUCUCGCGAGGUUGCUUCGGUGAUUCUGACCGUGAGGAUGCUGAUGAAGCGUGUCUGGUCUAACCUGCUCACUGAUGAUGUCCUCGCCUCGGUGAAGUUCCAGGAGCUGACCCCCGCGUGGGUCGCAAAGGCCCGCUACAGCCGGCUUCAGGUCUCCUUCCUGCAUGAGUCUGACGCGGUGAAAAUCAAGCAAACGGCGGUGGAACACAAGCGUCAGAACGGAUCGACACUUCAUUGUUUCUGGCUGCACCAGGAGGACACCGCUUACCUUCGCAAGAAGGCUUCGGGCCCGCAGCUGCUGGAGGUCUAUUUUAAGGAUGUUCCCGCGGAUAUCCCGCCGGAGCUGGUCAAGGAGUCACUGACGCGCCGCUUUCCCCUCGCAGCUGCUUCUCUCCGCGCUUCUCCGCUUAUCACUCCGUUACUGCUGGAUGUGAAGAAAUGA